GAAUAACAGAAACUGCAAACUGCUGUUGAAGGGCAUUCAAAAACGUUCUGACCAGCCUCAACUGCGGGGAGACUGGCCUUAAAAAAAUCGAAUUAAAAACAAUUUUCCACUUUCAAGACCAAAGCAAGCAAAAAUAUGCCUGUGCUCUCUCGCACCUUUCGGCUGCUGAAUGCCUCUGUGAGACAGCAAAUUAUUCCAAAAGCAAGCAUUACCGCCAAACCUGCAAAAGACGUUAUCACCCCGGCUCAACAAGCUUUCGCCAUGGGCACGAUGUUCGUGACCAUCUUGCUUCCCGCGGGCUGGAUCCUGUCUCACCUGGAGGAUUAUAAGCGCAGACCCUGAACAAGAAACGAAGCUGAAGACCGAGGCCGUUAGAAACCCAGUGUGUCUAUGUCUCAACAUUUCCCAGACUGAAAGCAAGUCCACCGAGACGUUAAUGUAUCGGCUUUCUCAAUACCCUUUUAUCAUUAAAAUGUAACCAAACUUA